GAGCCUCGUCUUCAUUCCCACCAGCUCUGUUAUCAUGAUGGCGGCUCCUCAGACCAGGUUACUGCUCCUGAUUUUCAUCAUGCUACAGUGUGCAGAUUCUACUGAUGCAUUUAAUAAAAAUAUUCACACAAUCAGCAGAACUGCUUCUCAGGGAGAAACUGUUGUUUUUCACUGUAAUGUAAGUGGAUAUAAAGGAGCUGAAGGACUUGAUGUCGGAUGGCGUAAGGAGGAGAUUCUUCUUCUUUUUAACUACAGCCCUGUUAUUAACCAAACUGUGACAAACUACACAUCAAGCAGAAUGUAUGUCGAUCCCAACAAUCCACGGAAACUACAGAUAUCUGAUGUACAGCCUUCAGACGCAGGAAACUAUACAUGUUUCCCAUCAGUAGCACAAGAACAAUGGAUACUGACCAUAGAAGUUUCUGAGAGUGAACCAGAGCUGUGCAGAGAAAUGUUUCUCUACAUCAUCCCUGCUGUUGCAGGAGCUGUUGCAGUGUGCUUUGUCUUCUGCACUGUGUGGAUUCAUAGGAAAUGGAAAAAGAAACAGGUCGCUGAUACUAGUGGAACAAGGGAUGAUCAUGCAAAGGCACUUCAGACUUUUCACCUUCACACAGACACGCUGACUUCCUGUGUCUAUACCAAGACAAGCGAAAAUGAAGAUGCCAUACACAGCUACGGAGUUGCCACUUGAGAGCUUUACCAGCAUCUACAGACACUUUUCUCACCACCUCGCCAUACUGGGGAAAAAAGUUUCACACAUUUCUGAGACACAAACUGACGGUCUGGUGGCUGUUUGCCUGUCAGUAUGUCUCAGAAAUGAAUUCACGGAAUAACUGGAUAAAAAUUGUAGCUGUUGAAGAAGAUUGUAUGUUUGAGAUCACAAAGUUCUGAUGGUAAUUAAUUGUUUUAUGAAAACUGAAAUGAGUUUAAGGUUUUUACAAUAGAAGCACAAAUCUAUGUACAAAUAUCCACAUGGGCGCAUACUCACAAAUAUGCCUAUUUUAUUUAUUUAUUUAUUUUUUGCUGCAUCUGUUGUGUUAACUGUCUUAUUUCCUUUUAU